CGCCAUUGACGAUCUCCUCAAAGACCGCGAGUUCAACAAAGUUGUCGAUAAAAUCGUCGUCGUUUUUAAACGAAUUUAUUAUUCAACUAUACAAAGUGAAGCGCGUUAACCACCGGGUGGCGCUGUUGCAUUAGGCACGGCAACUCGAGCGCGAAUACAACAACAUUUGCUGCACCAUCACCACCACCUACCCCCUAUCGUUUCCUCCCUCACGGCCCCCUCCCUCCCUCCCUCCCUCACGCUUUGCUUUAUUUAUUUUAAAUCUCACGCCCCGUAGAUUUUUUUUUGCUUCUUCUUCCACCGAACCUCCUCCUUCCUCCCCCUCUCUCUCUCUCUCUUCGUUCUCGAGCCAUUUUGAGAAUUGCAGCUCUUUCCCUGCUGCCAUCGUCGGGCGAGAGGAGAGGCAGGAGAACUCUGCGAGCGCUCUCUGUGCUACAAGACCGGCAUCGUCGGCACCAUGGGCGGCAAGCUGAGCAAGAAGAAAAAGGGCUACGACGUGAGCGAGGCCAAGGACAAGGAGGGCGAGAAGAGCGGCGAGGAGAGCAAGACGGAAGCGCAGGAGAGCAAGGAGGACGGAAAGACGUCCGACGGCGCCGCUUCGCCCGCCGAAGACGGCGUCAAGAAUUCCCCGGGCGCCGACAAGGCCGACGACAAAGCGGCCGCCGACGCCAAACCCGACGAGCAGAAGCCGAAGGCCGAGGAGGGGGCCGCGGCGGCGAGCGGCAAAGAGGAGGCCAAGGGAGAGGAGAAGAAGAAGGAGGAGCCGAAAGGAGCCGAGGCCGACUCCGGAGCCGCCGGAGAGGGCGGUUCGGCGAAGCCGCCGAACCCCCCGACGGUGGUGACGUCGCCGGCCACGCCGGCCAAGGAGUCGGCGACUGAGGCGGUAGCGGCGCAGGCGGAGAGCCCGGGCAAGGCUGGCGAGGGCAAGGCGGCGAGCGACAGCAAAGCGGAUCCUCCGGCGGCCGGGACGGCCGCUCCGGAAAUCAAGGCGGUCGCCGAUGCCAAACCGGCAGCGUCGGAGAAACAAGGGGCAUCCGAAAAUGCGGUGGAGGGCAUCGAGCUGACAGUGAACGCAGAACAAACUGUUGCUACCAAUGAGUAAUUGAUGAGAUUCCGGUGUUUGUUAUUACAGCCGUUGUUGGUUUAUUUUGUUUUGUUUGUAUUAUUAAUUCUCCCUUUACUUUUGUAUUCAUUCUGUUUUAGGUUGUUUUUUUCAUCUCACCAUUGGCCAAUUUGUGGGUGUACGAAGGGACGGGGGGUUAAUUGCUGUAGUUAAAGGCACAGGAAGUAAGUGUAGGUCAUAGUGGUAAAGAGUGCAUACCGAUGCACAGUGAUGGUGGUUAUUAAACUAUUUUAUCAUUUAAAUAAACACACAAAUCAAAAUCUUAAAGCUUGCAUUCCACUUUGGAAAAAAGAGUAACCAGUUUUUUAAAAUCACACUAAUAACAUCCUGCAUGCAAUGACAACGUUUUGUAUUUAGGAGAGGACAGAAAAUGCCAUCACAAAAUUGAAGAAACCCAUCCCAUAAAAUAGUGACAAGUAAUUUAUGAUUGGCUCUUGCACUGACAUUCAAAUUUGUAUUCGAUUAUCGGAAUAUACAAUACCGUUUAAUCAGCUAAGUAUAGACAUUUUUUUAAUGCCAUAUUUUUUUGGGCACAAUUACCAACUUUUAAACCGUGCAAUAGUAUAUAAUCCAAGCACAUUUUACCUUGAAUACCAUUUUGAUAAAGACUGAUGCAAACUUUUUUGCAUACUUUUACAAUCGACUUACCCAGUGUAUUCAACAAUGAAAUGCAUACAUUUAGUUUUUCACCCAAAAUGGCCAAUUUUGAGAACCCAAAAAUUGAGACGAAAAAAAAUAUCCACACUCAUUUCCAUAAAGAUCUUAAAGUUCACAUUCUUUGUUAAUUCCCUUUUUUUUUAAAGCAUCAUUGCAUGACUCAUAAAAACACUAACCAUUCCCAAUGUGACUUAAUUUUUUAAACUUUGUGCGUGCGCGAGUGCAUCGUUCCAUUUAUUUAAUUUGAAGGCUCAUUUAAGGUUAAUAUAUUUGAAUGUACGAGUAAUUUGGGCAAGUUUUUCUUUUUGUUGCACAGCCUGGUGGGUUUUUUUCUAGCUUCCUUUUUUUACGUGACCAUCUUCACCACUUUAAGUUUGUUCCCAAACGACCCCUGUGCCUCAAAGCACAGCUCAUUGUUGUCACAAACGGAGGGGGGAGGAGACGCAGAAGUUUAAACAAACAAAACACAGCACAGGGCCUAUGAUGCAGUGACCAUAUUUGGACAUUUAAUUUCAAAGCCAUAGGGAGACCGGUGCGUGCAUGUGCGCUGGCUUCCCAGUGUUACAACAACAACAAUCAAAACCAAUUUCUAGGAAGAUAAUUUUACGGUGUUAAAACAAAAAAAAACGCAUAGGCCACUGGGCUGUAGGCUGAUAAUGAAAAUAUUUCGGACAAAUAAUCUCAAUCAAAAAGGUCCAAAAAUAAAAUUUGGCUGAGAUUCCGAAACCAAGAAACGAGUUGCCAUUGUAGAGGCCUGCAGAACAUAAUUCACGCAGGCCACAUUUGCAGCCAGGCGUGUGUUUCCCUCCUGAGGCAGCAUCGAUUUGCAAGGUCGCAGCGGCUUGUAUCCGGCAAGCCACAAAAAAACACAGGUGGUCUUUAAAGAAAUGCAAGUACAGUAAUCCGAUUGCAUGCCCGCGGGGAGAAGUUUAACUCUACCUUGCUGCAAACGAAGCUUGUUUGAUUACAUUACCCUUAAGUUAUAGGACACUAAGUCCUUUAAGAGUGAAAUAGCCGCAGGCCUUGCCGGUGUGAGAAUGCUUCGAAUCCGAUUCCGAGGGCUUCAACCCUGGCACGAGAUGGGGGGGGGGCUGUGGGGUGUCAAAUUAGACCGGGGAUGGUGGUGGAUGGGACCGGUUGUGGAGUAUGAUUUUUUUGCCAUUUCGACGUUGCGCAUUUCCGCACGUGGGAAAGCCCGAAGCGGCGACAACGUCAGCCGGGCUCUAUGGCCCCGUUGUCCAAUCGAUCGGUGCUUGCGUUUGACCCAUCCACGGGAGGGGGGGGGGGCGGUUGUGCGAAGUUUUGGCCGUUGCAUUUGUGCGAGCGAGCGAGCGUGGAUCGAUCGGCGAAGCGUUUCGACGAUCGACACUAGGAUUAUUAGGGGGGCAGCGGCAAUUAGGGAGGGGGGGUGAUGGUGGUGAGUGAGAGGAGAAAGAGGGGGUGAGUGGAUGCCCUUUUACGGUCUUAUUGGCUUUUUGUGUGGCUGGUGGCCCCGACGGAGGCAGGGCGAAAGAGCCCGAGGCGUGACAGCCACCUCCGAUCUGAACACAGGGUUAAAGGUCUUUCGUGCGUCACUUUGGGAGCCCUCGGUACCGUAUAAUUAAACCGGGGUUGAGCUCCCGUUCCAGUAACACCGGUGGCACACACGGCCCGGGUUGGCCUUGGCAGGCGGCGGGUUGGAGUGACAUUUGUAGGGGGGGGCAGCACUUAGCUUGCAGCCGAGUGUUUGUUUUACAGCAACGAGCCGAGAUGGAGGAGGAAACACCGCUUUGCUCGGGCUGCCCGUGUUAGUCUUUGACGCAGACCCCAAUCACGCGGCCGAUUUCGGCCAAUCAGAGCCAGCUUUAAAAAAAAAAAAACUCCUAGUAGGAUUAUUAGUUUGAAAUCUUUGACUAACCGAGUCCUCUGUGUGUGUAUACAGUGUAUAUAAAUAUAUAUGCUGUAUAUACGCGUUAGUGUACGUACAUGUGUGUGUGCGCGUGUGUGUAUGUAUGCGCGCGUGUUUGCUUGUGUUUGCAUCGCUGACUAAAACCAAACGGUCCAAUGCUUAGAGCAAGACGUGUUAAUUAGCGCCCCCCCCCUCCACUAAUUAAUCCAGACUCCCCGAGUGGCGUGGGGUAACACGCCCCCCCCCCCCUGGGUUUCUCAAAGCUCAAGUCAAAGCCUCUGCCGCUCCACCACGUUUGCCCAACGUUCGCAGAGAGUCCGCCGCUGGCAAAGCGCACGCGGGUCGCGACGGCAAACCUGAAGGAUCCGUACGCGGGUUUCAACGAACUUGUUGACUUAAUGUCGAACUUGUAACGGAACAACUCGAGUGUGCGUGAGGGCUGGGUGUGGGGGGUGGUGGUGGUGUUAGCCUUGACAAAGACUGGGAGCAGGUUUGUAGUGGUUGGUGCACUGCGCUACGAGUCCGGUGACCCGAGUUCGAUUCGCAUUCAAGGCCAACACUGGUGACGAUUAUCUGAACCCGUCCAGGGCCUCCUCCCCUAGGUCGACUCGGCUUCACAUGAGUACCUGGUGCGGUGUGUAAACAUCGCCACUGGGAGAGAAAGGCAGUCGGGCGCGGUGCUGGCCACCCACCCCCUCGUGUACCGUGCCGGCCUUCAUAGGUGCUCGCUAACAGCACUUGCCCCAACAGUCUGCGAAGGCUAUACGGGGGGGCUCUUUGUCUUAUCUUUGUUAACCUUGAGAGGUCGGCACUCGGGAAAGGCGUGGGAGGCCUGCGGUUGGGGUCGUGUGGCUCCGAUUGGGGUCAUCUGUGGCCGUGUCCUUCGGUGAAUGUGCGGGCCGUGGGGUGGAAGUUCCUCCCCAGGCGCGCCGUGUGACCGCAUGGGCUCCGGAGGGGAGAGUGGGCGGCGGGUUCGGCUGAGCUAGAAAAACGCGGUAAUUGUAACACAUUUAGUAAGUGGUCGUUAAUUACUCCAAAGCUUUGGGGGGGGUUGUGAAACAAUUAUUGGCCCGAAUGGCUUUUUGGUGUGAAAGGAUUAAUUAGUCAUGGCCCUUACAGCAAUGGAUUAGCAUUGGUUCUAUUCUGGUCCUGUUAUAAUGGUUACUUUAAGCUUCAGUUAAAUACCAGCACUUUCAGGAACUCAAUUGGGGCUGGAUUUUAGUGGGGACCAUGAGUCUUCGGACACAUCUGCCAUGGUUCGUGAACCAACCUCUCUGGGCUCCCACGGUCUUGGCCUCGAUGCUUUCCCACUCUCGGCCGUGAUGAACGCGUGGCCACACUGGGGUACACAACAGCCCCCCUCUCCCCGUUCGUUCUGAUCAGGUCUCUUCUGACGUUAACUGAUCUGUUCAGAACUAAUUAUAUGAUCCUUAUGGCGGUACCCCGGGGAACAAAAGAAUACAAAAUGGCCGAGCCAAUUAUUGUUAUUUCUGGGACACUAUUUUUCCCAGGGGUGUACCAAUCAAUCCGAAAUCAGUGCUACUCCGCGAUUUCGAAACGCAGCGAGGACGAUUGCGCUGAAACCCUGAACGCUCGCGGUACGCACCGUGGUGGUGCAUCGUAGUGUACAGCUCGUCGAAAUGAGUCGAUUGCCGCAUCGCCGACCAUCAGAGGCUAAAAACGACUGCACCACGGACAUUGUGCGAGAGCCGGGGUGACUAUGGUCCCCUGGGGUACCGCCAUAAGGUUAAUAUAUCGCUUACUUGGCCUCAAGGAAAGCCCUGCUCCAUCCUGGUUCUCGCCCAAAAACUUCCUCCCCUGCCACAUAGUACUUGGAGAGAGCAUGGCCGGAGACAUGACAUCAGAGGGGAACCGAUGGCCACACUCACUCGAUUCUGAGUAUCUUCUGUCACGAACACAUGUUUCGUAUGCGUGGUAGCUUGAUCUGAUCCCGUGACCAAAGCGGUGGGCAUUUAUUUAGGACAAGUCUCCUCGGUGGAAAUGCGGCUGUUGGAAAUCGUCUCGCUGCAGCGUUCCCGUCCGCAGUGCCGCGACGCCGUCGCCCGUCGUAGAUAAAUCCGCCAUGAAUUGUAGCGAGGAUUUUGUGUGAGGCGGGGGGGGGAUGGAGGGAUCGGAACGCGUUUGCCGACGUUCAUACGGACGGACGCGGUGCGGUUAAGCAACUCCCGCUGGUUCCUGCAAAUUUUUUCUUUUUUUUUUAGAAUGUAAACCGCGAAAUUAUUGUCACGCAUGUUACUCCAAAAAAAAUAGAUUUUAACACAAGGCUAACUUCCGCCCGUAAUCAUCUCUUGGGCUCGUAGAGCCUCGGCGUGCUAUCUCGUGGGGGACAGGAAACUUGUGGGAUAUUGUAAAGUCUAUUUUUUUGAAAAGUAUCCAAGGCAGAGGCGUGCGUAGGGGAGAGCUAGGGGCUAUUCGGAGUCCGCUUAGUGGCUCGGCCGGUGGGUUUCCAACACAAACACCCGUCUUGCUUUCCGCAUGGUCGGCUUUUUAGUGAAACUGUGUGUCUGUGAUUUACGCUUACAUGUGAGAGUAAAGAAGAAAAAAAAUCACUUUAAACGCUGUUUCUCCGUCGGCAUGGCCACAGCCUCCGUCCGGCCAGAUCGCUCGCGGCGGUUUUACUGAACGCAAAGCGCAAUCGGAUAUUGCGAACAUCGGAGAGCCGUUAAAAUGCACCGGCGAUACAAAUGUCCCGGAGGAAUCGAUCUGCGUGGCGCGGCUUCGUUUGAUUUAUUGUCACUUUAUAUCAUCGUUUGGCUGGUGAAGAUCCUGGAGAAUUCUAAAAUUACUCAUGGCAGUCGAGCCAAUCUCUCUUUUGGAAGUCAAUCGCACGUGCGGGAUAUUGCUCUCGAGUUUUGUUUUUGCAAAGCAAACGAUCGUUAAUGCCCAGCCUUGGCGGUGUUUCCCAUGCUGCUGAUUUUGAUUGGAAUUUAGGCCAAAUUAUUUCUAAUGCACCCCGUCUUGGAAGCUUUGGGUGGGUGACCGCCAGGUGCGAGGGCUGAUAGGUGCCAGGAGACAGUCGAGCACAUGAGCGUGGGUCCACAGAUUGAUUUGCUUCACUCAAUGAAUUUAGUCUGUGGAUUUAACCUCUCCGUGCAGCUCCGAGUGUGACGUCCCUCUCUGAGUGGGGCUUUUUCUCUGGGUUCUCCAAAUGUCCUGCACUCACGAAGCCCAACACUUGGACAUGCAAUUGGCCCAAACAUCCAAAUACAGCAGGAUCCUCCUGAAAAAUAGUCCCCGAGACUCGGUGUGGCUUUCCUGAGUAAAUAAUGGGCAUUCUUGUUACCAUUUCGGGAAAUUCUACGACCUCGAGUAUCCUGGCGUGUGAUUGGCCGAUGUUGGCUCUCCGGUGAUGCAGACGAUAGACUGCAGCCUUUUGCUUUGCAAGCUUGCACCAUUCCAAGGAGAUUUUCGAGAGCUUGGAGGGGGGGGGGGGAGGUGGCCGAAUUGCUUGUUGCUUUCCAAACCGCCGAGUUUCACAAUGAAUUGAAAGAGCCGUAACGUGUUGGCGAUCUUUGAGCCAGUGUGACAGUGUUAAUCUGUAGCUUAACAAAAUGGACAUGGAACCAUAUGAACACGAAGGGAAUACUAUUCUACCAAGAAAGAAACGCGCGCAUUCGUUAUGUUCGCGUUUUGAGAUGUUACGCAAUCAGUAUUUUCUUUUUCACACCGAGAUUCAUUUACAUUUUAAACCAUGGCGCAGGUUAUUUUUCCGUUAAGAAAGUUUAUACAGCGGUCAUUUUCCAUCGGCUGCCUUUUUUUUCGCAUCUUAGAGACACUCUACACCGAAUAGAGGCUAAAUAGGACCCACACAAAUCAUCCGAUUCAAUUGUGCGACAAAUAAGUCCAUUUCAGUUUGCCGAAUUGUAUUACGCCCCGGAUAAAAGUGGCAGUAUUAUCUAUUCAGAAGCAAUCGGUUCAAUUUUUAUUUUCCGAAAAUUUAAAAUAAAAAUCCUUUUUGAAAAACGUGAAACGUCGCGAUCGUGUUGAGUCGGCUGGCCACCAAAAUACAUGAACAAAAGGCGCGCUCCUUCAGCGCUGUGUGAAAUCCCGCUGAUCAGCAGGGCCUUUUUUUGUUUGUAAAAAGCCUGAGCAGUGGGGAAACGUGGCCAUGAACACCGAAGCCGAAGUGACAGUAUUUGCGAGCAUUCCUCGCACUCCACGCCGGCUUUAAAGGGGUUGUCGCGCGCAUUUGGAUCGAGAUGAUUUUUUUUACCAGCAAACUUUUACUGCCGCCCCGAGCUGGUGUCAAAUCCCACUUCACAGGCCACUGAUGAACAGAUUUAGGGUUGGUUCCCGGCUAAGAGUGCCGCCCGGUUCGAAAAGCUUUCAGAAAUCUAAGUGGGGUUUAAACAAAAAAGGAGGCUAAAUAUUCGUGCACAGCGUGGAGAGACACUGACACACGUACACGCAGAGGCACGUAGACACGUGGUGACACAGUACGCACACUGACAGACACAAGCGCAGAAACGUUCGAGCACACACCCAGACACGCUUGAGACUCGCACGUGGACAUAGCCAUACACACACAUAAACAUAAACACGGAGAUGCACAGAUACAUGCAGACAAACACACAAGUUCGUGCAUUGCGUCAGGUUCACACACAGCACACACACACAACACAUUCGAAAAAGGAGCAUAAGAAACAAUGUUUUCGAUGUUUUAGUUUAAACAUUUUCCACAAUUCCUGCACAGAAUGUCUUACAAGAAAAUAAGCCCCAAUCCCAACGGAUGGCAAGCCACGUUUGAAUGGAAUCCAGCGUGAAAUGCCAACCACUCGUGGUGAUACCGCAAGUCUGGCUUGUUGUUUCUGAGACCCGAUAUGCGUUUGUAAAGUGGGGAGGGGGGGGGGGGAUUAGACACCGACCGAGCAUGCGGUUCUCUCCGCUGCUGGCCUGCUCGACCGCUCGCCGAUUUCCACUUGGAAUCGAUUUGGCAGUGCGCUGAUUUGUCAUUCGGCGCUUCUCCAUGCCCGGUUCAUGGAGUGAGCCUCGCGUACUUGCGGCGAGACACCCGUGUAAAGCGCGUAGCGGGGGCGACGGAAACUGACAAUGAUAAGAUUAAAUCGUGGUGGUGGAGUGAAUUGAAGACGCGCGCUGCACUGGGAGAAUUGUACGAUGAUUUUGUUGGAGAAAUUUCGAUUUUCUGGAGGCUUUGUUGUGCAGGGUGUGUCGGGACGCAGCUCUCGCGAGAACUUGACAUGUACGCCGCGUUUGUCGAUGCUCGAACGAUGCGGCGGAAAUCCAAAACCUUGUCACCUGCUAUAACGUAAUGUCCUUACAGAAAGUGAACAACGUGUUUGAAGUUUCAAAAAAGAUCCUAAAACUAACGCCAAUUCAUCACAAUUAACCCUGAACCACAGCCAAUGGUUAGAAUGUGUCCUCUAGGAUUUGUAGUAAAGACAUUUCAAAUUCCAAUGAAAUGUUUUCCUCUGCGAUAACAUUUUUGCUUUAAUUUUUUUCGACCGCCUUUCAGUGUUUUCAACGAUUCUCAUUUGACCCGAAAGACAGCUCACUUGUGCCAUACAGCCUCGCUUGCGUGCCAUACCAUGUUCUGCUUGGGCUCAGAAAAGUUCCCGUUUUUGAGCUUUACUAUGGGUAGUUUUGAAUGCGUUACGUGAGAAACAGUAUCACAUUACUCCUUGUACCAUCAGACCACUUUGAAGUUCGGUGUGAUUUUUUUCGGUCUGAUGUAGCAACAAUAAAAAAAGGUUAAAUGGU